CGCUACUAGGCUGCUGGCCGCUCUUGGGGCUGGCGCUGGCUAGUCCAUCCUCGGGACCUGUCUAGGAGCCAAUGGCCGCCUUCGCUACAGCUGCGCUCCGGGGACUAACGCGCUCUGUGCCCGUGCUGAGACCGAUUCUGGUGGGGCUACCACAAAGAAGCCACCACUUGACACCUGUAGAUGAUGAGCUCUUCCAGAGGACCACCAUUUCCUUGCUGGAGAAGGAUUCACCCCAUGUUAUGUACAUAGAUUCCUAUAGUCCCCGUGGCUUUACCAUCAAUGGCAACCGAGUUGUGGGGCCCUGUGCCUUAGUCCCCCAUUCUGUCAUGCAGUGGAAUGUGGGGAGCCAUCAGGAUAUCACAGAAGAGAGCUUCUCCCUUUUUUGGAUGUUAGAGCCUCGAAUUGAAAUUGUGGUGGUGGGCACUGGAGACCGCAUGGAAAAGCUACAUCCAGAGAUUUUGCAGGCUAUGAGAAAGCGGAGAAUUGCUGUUGAGGUACAAGACACGCCCAAUGCUUGUGCUACCUUCAACUUCUUGUGCAAUGAGGGCCGGGUGGCUGGUGCUGCCCUCAUUCCCCCACCUGGAGGCUCACUUGGGGCUCCAGUUCCAUCUUCACAUGUAGAAUAAACUCUCCACUCAC